AUGCAAGUAGAGAAUAUCCCUUACCACCAAAUGGCUCGUGGCCUCCUUUUCUUCCUCUUAUUGUCCUCCAUUAUGUCCACAAAUUAUGCAUGCAAUGAAACUCAACGUAGCUCUCUCUUGUCCUUAGCUCUCACACUGUCUUCUCCUUCUUUGAACUGGACUUCCAUUGAUUGUUGCCAUUGGGAGGGCAUCACCUGUGAUCACAACGGUUGGGUCACAGAUUUGGACUUGCCCUCCAGAUCAGGGCUCAAUCUCAAAGGAGGUAUUUUUCCCUCACUCGAAAAUCUCACGCAUCUCUCUCUUUUGAACCUCUCUCACAAUUCACUCUACGGUUCACUUGAACCCCGUUUCUUCUUGUCCUUAAAUUGUCUUGAGAUCCUUGAUUUGAGCUAUAACCGUCUGUUUGGAGAGCUACCACUUUUCAUUCCACCCAGCACUCGCAUGGUGGACUUGUCCAACAAUAACUUCCAUGGUGCGAUUCCAUCGUCAUUUUUCCGACGAGCUAGGAAUUUGACUAGUUUCAAUGUCAGGAACAACACCUUCUCAGGUUCUAUCCCAUCCUCUAUAUGUCUUCAUUCUUCUCCCCUGAUUAGGCUGUUGGAUUUUUCCAUCAAUAAAUUCAGCAGCAAUAUUUCUGGUGGACUAGGGAAGUGUUUGAAACUACAGGUUUUUCGUGCUGGUUACAAUAGGCUCUCUGGACCACUUCCAGAAGAUAUCUAUAAUGCUACCACACUUGAAGAAAUCUCGUUACCUAGCAAUGCGCUUCAUGGAGACAUUAGUGAUGAAAUUGUCAACCUCACCAACCUCACAAUCCUUGAACUACAUGUUAAUCAAUUCAGUGGCAUGCUCCCGAUGAAUAUGGGCAAGCUCUCCAAAUUGAAACUCAUUCUUCUUCAUUUCAACAAUCUAACUGGUUCUCUGCCCCCGUCUUUGCUGAAUUGCACAAACCUUAGGGAAUUGAACCUCGGAUUCAACCAUUUUGUAGGAAAGCUCUCCAUGCUUGAUUUCUCCAAACUUAGUCGCCUUACUAAACUUGACUUUAUGAGUAAUCAAUUCACUGGUGUCUUCCCAAUUAGCCUUUACUCAUGCAAGUCCCUGAAAGCACUUCGGCUGAGCUUAAAUGACUUAGACGGACAAAUACAGCCUGAGAUUCUUUCACUGAAAUCUUUGUCCUUCCUCUCGCUUUCUGCAAGCAGAUUGUCCAAUAUCACAAGGGUACUUAAUAUACUGAUGGGCUGCAAAAGUCUGAAGGUUCUCAUCCUUUCAAACAAUUUUAUAGGUGAAGAAAUGCCAAAUGGUGAUGGCAUCGUUGGUGUUGAUGGAUUCCAAAAUCUUCGUAUUUUGUCUUUCCGUGGUUGUCAGCUCACUGGUCACUUACCUGUAUGGUUAUCCAAAAUAAAAAAGCUAGAGGUCUUGGAUUUGUCCUCUAAUAGAUUCACAGGCUCAGUUCCAACAUGGUUGGGGAAUUUUCCAAGCCUCUUUCACAUAAACUUGGGCAACAACCGAAUUUCAGGUGAGCUUCCAAAGCAACUUUGCAAAUUUCCAAUGUUGGUGUCUGAACAAACUGCAGCUCAAGUAGAUCAUACUUAUCUCCAAUUGCCUUUCUUCGUCAAACCAGCAAGUGGUGCAGACUUUUUGCAGUACAGUUCCCUUUCUUUCUUUCCACCAGCUAUACACCUACACAAAAAUAGCAUCAAUGGGAUUAUACCAACUGAGAUCAGCCAAUUGGUCCUUCUUCGUACAUUAAAUCUUGACGACAACAAUUUCUCUGGAAACAUUCCCGACAAAAUAUCCAACCUGAAAAAGUUGGAGACAUUGGAUCUUUCAAUGAACCACUUGUCUGGAGAAAUCCCACCAUCAUUGACGAGCCUUAAUUUCUUGUCCUUUUUGAAUGUCUCGUACAAUAAUCUCGAAGGGCCAAUACCAAAAAGCACUCAGCUCCAAGGCUUUGACGUCUCUGCAUUUGAAGGGAAUCCGAAACUUUGUGGUGCCCCUCUUCGGAAUGAGUGUCCUCUAAUGCACCGUAAUAGCCAAGAUAUGGAGAAUGAGCCCCAACUUUUGUGGGUUCAUACUUCGGUUGUGAUUGGCUUCAUCGUAGGACUUGGUGGAUUUUGUGGUCCUUUAAUGCUAAAAAAGACAUGGAGAGAUGCAUAUUUCCAAUUCCUAAACAAUGUACAAGAUAGGCUCUGUGCGAUAAGAAAAGUGCGUGCAUGA